AAAAGCAAAUAAAAUGAUUCACUCCGUCAGUCCUAUAAACGGAGCUGAUUGAACCAGACGGGCGUUGGCGGUUCGUCCGUUGAGUAUAAUAUAGUGGAGUAUUUUCAGAAUUACUACAAAUCGAUAAUAUAGCAAGUGCCUACGUCAUUCCAGUUUUCGCGGCCUACUGCGUAGCGUUCAACCCGAACAACAUGGUCGAAGUAAACUUGUUUGGUGCCAUAGCUGUGGGCGCCGUUAUUCUACUACUGUAUCGUUACAUCGCACAAAAGUAUCACUACUUUUUGACAAAACCAAUCCCAUGUAUUAAACCGACCUUUCUAUUGAGUAUUUUCGAUAUGUUGGUGUUCAAACGGAUUGAGCUGGUGUUUGGAUCCAAACUGUUGUACAACUCCUAUCCGGAUGCGAAAAUCAUCGGCUACUACGAGAUGACGAAACCACUGUACAUGGUUCGAGACCCGAAGAUGAUCAAAAAGAUCGCCAUCAAGGACUUUGACAGCUUCACCGAUCGAACACCGAUAUUUGGCGAGACAGUGCCCGCCGAUAGUCUGUUCUUCAACUCGCUGUUCUCGCUCCGUGGACAAAAGUGGCGUGACAUGCGAUCAACGCUGAGUCCUGCCUUCACCGGAAGUCGUGUACGGCACAUGUUCGAACUGGUAACCAGAUGUGCCACCAACAUGACAGAUUUCUUUCGUUCGGAGAUUAGCACUGGGAAAAAGCUGGAACUAGAAAUGAAGGAUACCUUUUCGCGAUUCGUGUGCGACGCGAUCGCCACCGUGGCAUUCGGAAUCGAUGUCAACUCAUUCCGCGACCCGGAUAACGAAUUCUUCACGAAAGGCAAAGAGACACAGAAGGUGCAUACGUUCAAAGCGUUGACGACAUUCAUAACGCUGCGAUUCGUUCCCUUUCUGCAAAGAUUACUGUGCUUCGACAUCGUAGAUGCGAAGGUUGCGGGUUACUUCAGAAAGUUGAUCGUGGACAACAUGGCACAGCGUACAAAUCGCGGGAUCGUUCGAAACGAUUUGGUCAAUAUGUUGAUGGAAGCUCAGCAGGGUGCCUUAAAACACGAGGAGCAGGAAACCCACGAUGCCGAGGGUUACGCAACGGUUGAAGAAUCGCACGUGGGCAAAUCUACGCAUUCUAGAGUUUGGACGGAGAACGAACUGAUCGCGCAGUGUUUCUUCUUUUUCUUUGCGGCAUUCGAUAACGUUUCGAGUAUCUUGUCUAUUCUGUCCUAUGAACUCACCGUAAACCAGGACAUUCAAAGACGGCUUUGCGAAGAGAUCGUAGAAACCGAACGAUCCCUCAACGGUCAACCACUAACGUACGAUACUCUCCAAAAAAUGACCUACUUGGAUAUGGUGGUAUCGGAGUCACUCCGCAAGUAUCCAACGGCUACCCUGACCGAUCGCUACGCCAACAAGGACUACAUCUUCGACGACGAAGAAGGACUUCGGUUCACUAUUGAAAAGGGCCAAACCGUUUGGAUUCCGAUGCUGGCACUCCAUCACGAUCUGAAAUACUUCCCGGAGCCGGACCGUUUUGAUCCGGAGCGCUUCAGCGAAGCCAACCGCGCGAAGAUCGUUCCGGGAACGUAUCUUCCGUUCGGGGCCGGACCGAGAAGCUGUAUUGGACCGAGGUUGGCCCUGCUGGAGAUCAAGAUGGCAAUGUACCAUGUGUUGCGAGAUUUUAGCUUGCAGGCGUCGGAGAGAACGCAGAUUCCGCUGCGUCUGUCCAAGAGUGCGUUCACCCUGAAUGCCGAGAAGGGCGUUUGGUUGGAACUGAAAGCUAGAGAACUGGCAAAAAAGUAGCACUAGUAUACUAGUGCAUUAGUACUUGGAAAGGAAUGGAUUAUCGGCACUGGCUCAAUGACUGUUAUCUGGAAAGUUAUCUUAUCAAACGCGUAUUUUCUUGGUGGUAAACAACAUUAUCAAUGAUAAGUAAGUCACAUUGACUACAUUUAUGGUAUGUUUAAUAAACAAAAACAGUUGAAAGUUAUUCAACACAUAGGGUAAGUGUACCAAUUAUGGCUAUAGUACCAAUUAUUCGCCAUAGUUGAUUUUCACCCUUUAACGAUACAUAUCAACAAUGAAAAAAAAUGUGAACAACAGAUCACGUUCACAAAAGAUGGUUGCACUCAUUUAAAGUCCACAUUUUGCUCAAAUUAUGGUAGAAAUAAAUCAUUUUCCUUAAAAAUUCGGCUUCCUUGCACCCUUUUUCGCCAUAGUGUACCAAUUAUGGCUAAUCCCAUAAGAAAUGCAUGCAAAUAGUGCGAAAAGGAACCGAAGUUAAAAAAUGUAGCCAUAACUGGUACAGGGUUCCUAUCAUUGGCACACGCUGUAAUAAAUUCUAAAAGUAGUUUUGGCUCCGUUUUUAUUUUUUUCCUGUAAAUUAUGGAAAGUAAACUAUCUUUUAACAUAUUGGUGACAUUCGUUGGUCUUCUCGUUAUUUUUGUAUGAAUAGUUUUCCUUAGGUAGUGCCAUAAUUGGUACAGGCACCCUAGUCGAUGUUACAUACUUUCAAGUGUAUCAGCUUUUUAAGUAAUACGAAAAUUUUUUAACUUUGUACUGAAAAGUUCUUUUAGACAGUCUUAAAAUAUAUAACAGAAGUUUAAUAAAGCAGAUUUAUAUCAAGUGGA